AUGGCGGACAGAGGCGGAGGACUGAAGACCUCGUCUACCGCGAAGAACAACAAGGACAACAACACGAACAAAAAGAAAUACUACGCGGUCGCGAGUGGACGAAAACCAGGCGUGUACGAAACCUGGGACGAGUGCAAAAAGCAAGUGUUCUCGUUCCCGAACGCGCAGCACAAGAGCUUCUCGGCGCGAGCAGACGCCGAGGCGUGGGUGAAAACAAACGUCGUCGAGAAUCCAUCGUCUUCCUCCAUCGCCGCCGAGGUGAGACCAACGAUUCCGACGAACACGCAAAAGAGGAAAGCGCAUACAAACAGCACAAAACAAACUUCGAUUACAGAAUACCUAGACAAAAAUGAAGAGGAGUUUGAGGACGACGACGAUGGAUGGACGACGGAAUACGAACCGAUGAAACCACUUUCAUCACCACCGGCGAAAAGAACAACAACAGCGAGGGGGAAAUCCAACGGUAACAACACCAAGAGAAAACUCAACACGUCCGCGAAAGCGAACGCGGAAGAAAACGUACCCUUCGUUUUGGAAUUCGACGGCGCGUCGCGAGGAAACCCGGGACCGGCCGGUGCUGGAGCGUUAAUUCGAGCGCCGAGAAUACCGUCAGACGCGAGAGAGGAAGAAGAAGAAGAAGAAGAAAGGUGUGGUGAAAUCAUCAAAGAGAUUUGCACGUCGUUGGGUGUCGCGACGGUGAACGAGGCGGAGUACCACGCGUUAAUUACCGGGUUGAAAGCAGCCAUUGAACUCGGGAUCGAGGAUAUUCGGGUCCGAGGCGAUAGUAACUUAAUCGUCAGUCAAGUGAAAGGCGAUUGGAAAGUGAAAGAGCCGAGGUUGAUUCCGUUGCACGCGGAGUGUAACGAGAUGAAGAAGAAGUUUCGCAGGUUUGAUAUAGCGCACGUGAGAAGGGAGUUUAAUAAAGACGCGGACGCUUUGGCGAAUAGCGCUAUAGAUGAUGGAACGCACACGAACGAUUACGAGUAUAAGAUGAGUGGGAGCGGCGGCGGCGGAUUUUCCGGCGGCGGCGGUGAAGGCUUGGGUGGCGGGAACGCGAACGCCGCGGCGCGAAUGGUUCGACGAGCGCACUACGCCAACAUCGCGAGAGCGACGUUGUGUACCAUGCGCUUCGCUCGAAUAGCUUUGCUGUAA